GAAGGAAGCGGACACGCUGGUUUGUCUGUUAGCUUUUCAUCACACAACACACCGGCGGCUCCUGGUGGAGGGGUUUACGACUGAGACUCCAGUGUCUGCUGCUGCUGUGAACAAACGAAAAGUAGAAAGUCCAUAAACUGUUCCUGCCUCAAUGUCGUCCAGGAAGCGGAAAAGAGCCUCCAGGGACCUCCGCUGCGUCCUCUUCCCCGACGAUGUGCGCUCUGCGGCGGGCAGAAGGAGCAGCGAGCCUCCGGUCCUGUCCUCCGAGUCCUCCGCUCGAAGCUGGCAGCGGUGCGGGGACAGCUUCCUGGACACUCCGGUGAUGGAGGAACUUCAGACUUCAGGGAGAAAACUUUCUGCUGUGAGGAAACUGACUCAGUUCAAGGCUUCAGGGCAGAGCGGUCGCAGUGAGGAGCCGGUUGACAUCGCCUGGAGCUCCAGUGACAGUGAGCGGUCCGACAACGAGAGAUCCUCCGCUCCCCGUCGGGCCCCCAGGGCACCACCUACCUCCACAUCUCAGAGAGAUGAGCUCCCGGACAUCGAGUCAGGCAGCGACGACCCAUCAGACGAGCAUCGGGAGGACGCAGACGGAGACCAAGGACAGCAGAUUUCUGACUGCGACUCGGAGUCCUGUGGAGAACAGAAGCCUGCUCGGUCGCCUCAUACUGAAGACAAGAUCUCUCAGUGCGGGUCUGACUCGGAGGACGUCCUCAGCUCGCUGGCCUCCACCCGGCCGGACUCGGCGCCCUCUCAGGCCGGCCGUCGCUCGCUCAGCGACUGGGUGAGAUCUGCUCAGGCGAUGCUGCAGACGCCUCAAAAACAGAUGGACAGGCAGUCCAAGACCCCCGAGGACUCUGGGAGGAAACGGAGAAAGCUUCUGAGUGGAGGCCUGGCAGAGAGGCUGAAUUGCCUUCAGAGCAGACAGAGAUCAGCUGUCAGCUUCUGGAAGCACCAAUCAGAUUCUUCAGUUUCUGUGACCUCAUCAGGGGACCGGCCGGGCGUGCUGGUGCUGGAGGUGCUGGAGGUCCACCACGAGUGCAGCAUGCAUGUGGCCCGCUGCGAGCGCCGCGGCCCGCCGUCCCCCGGGGACGACCGCCGGCACGCCGGCACCGACGUGUUGGUGCUGUUCAACAGAGAGACAGCGGCCCAGCUGAUGCCUGCACCCAGAGAUGUGAUACACAUCCACCCGCCAUGGCAGAGUCUUUCUGUGGAGGGCUUCAGCUGCCCCGUCAUCCUCAACACACACUUCAGCCAGAAGGUCUCCUCCACCUCCGCCUCUCCGUCAGCCGAGCUCGCCGGUCGUCUGCCCGCUCCGAGCCGAGCGCCGUAUCACCUCGGUAAACUGUUCGGACGGCUGGAGGCGAACGGGGCGACAGAGGACAGAGGCCCCCAGCAGUCCCCGGACGCUGCCUGCGGCCUCCCUGCCGGGCUCGGCGGCCGACCCUGCGUCUCCCUGCUGGAGGCCAUCGAAGGCCUGGGGCAGGCCGGCUGCGUGGAGCAGGAAGUGGAGGUGGUGGUGCAGCGGGUUUACUCCGUCCCCGUGUCCAGCUGCUCUCCUGUGUCCGUCCUCAAGUCCAGAGCUGGGAGCCGGCCCUCAGCUCCUCCUCCUCCUCCUCCUCCUGCUGGUGAAGUUCAGACCAGGUUGUGUGUGCUGGUCCAGGAUAACUACGGUACAUUCAGUGUGGUGCAGCUCCACCUCCUGCCCUCCAGAGACCUUCUCCAUCACUACUGCCUCCUGUGGCAGGGGAGGAACUGCACGCUGAGGGGCAUCAAGGUGGUGCAGAGGCUCACCAGAGAGAGGAGCUGCUGGCUUUUCAGCCUCAUUGACAGCCUGUGGCCUCCGAAAGUACCUCUGAAACACCAUGGAAGCUCCCUGAGGGCCCCAACAGAGAGCGGCUCUGCUGUUCCUCCUCCCAGUUUCUGCUAUCUGCUGUCGGGUCAGAACAGCUCGGUUCGGCCUGCAGAGCCUCAGACGGCGUCACCGCUUUAUAUCCAACCUGAAGAGAGACACCUCAGAGACAUCCUGCAGACUGAGGCGAAGACCUGCCGCUGCAGCUUCGUCGCCACGGUUUUAUACAAGAGGAUCCAGGGUGGAGAUGGCGGCCGUCCUGACUUCUGGUUGGUGCUCACGGACCGCAGCCUGCAGGAGGAUCCGACCGAGCGCCCGAGCACCCUGCAGCGCCGCACACUGCCCCUGUGCAUUAAACCGUCCUGCGUGCUCACGCCCUCCGUCCUCACGGCGCUCCGAUCCCCCGCCGCCUGCCGCAUGGCGUUCAGAGACGCCCUGAGAGAACACGGUGUCUUACUGUGUGUGGAGCAGUCUGUGGUUCAGCUGUUCUCCACUGAGACCGAACCCUCCACCCUGCCCCGGCCUGAAGCCGAACCCUCCACCCUGCCCCGGCCUGUGAGAUUGGACCCCCUCCGUGCGGAGGCCUGGCCCUGCUCCCUGGUCCGCCUCUCAGGAGUGAUCGUGGGCGUUGACGAGGAUUCUGCGUUUUCGUGGCCGACCUGCUCUCACUGUGGAAGUGACAACUUGGAGAUUCCGCCUGAAACACCUCAGAGCUUCCUGUGCGUCUCCUGCCGGUCGGUGGUGGACGAACCCGACAUGAAGAUCCAGCUGGAGGUUUUUCUCACCUGCUCUUCAUUAAAAGAAGCCACUGUGAAGGUGAAGCUGCAGCAAACGACCAUCUGCUCCCUCCUGAACGUGACGACGUCCAACAGAUCUGAGCUUUCGGGCUUGGACGUGGAGAGCAUUCUGGGUAAAGAGGUGGGUCCGAUGGCCGCCUACGUCCGUGUGGUCACCCGCUCGCCCUCGCUGUGGAUCGGCCUGGACGAGGUUCCUCUGCAGAGCUGAUCCUAUCAGUCCUGUGAGUCUUCCAGGAUCUGACCCCGGGCCCACGGGCCCCGGUACGAGCUGGUUCCCCCAGUCCCCCCUCUGCAGGCCUCUCUGACAGCUGGAGGAGGAGGAGGAGGAGGAGGAGGAGGCGGGGCGGUUUGUGGUGAUACGUGAUCCUGCAGGCCGGCGGUUGACAGCAGGGGGGGUCGAGUUGAGACCUGCAGCCUGUCAGAGACCCACGUGGUCCACGAGCAGGACUGUAAACACGCCGUUCACGAGUUCUCCCUCUGGAUUCACACGAAGAGGAAGACUUGUUCACGUGUUUGAAAUGUGGAAGAUAAAAGGAAAUAUGCUGAUGGAGAAGAGAACGUUAAAAAAAAAUGUUUCAAAUGUUGAUGUUGAAGGCAAGAAACUGGAAUAAAGUAAA